GAGCUGGACAGAUGGCAUGUUCGUUUCAGUGUUUGGGUACGACAGGAACCGUGGUUGGCAUUGAUGAGGAUCACGAUAUUGUCGUCUCCUACCCAAGUGGGAACAGAUGGACGUUCAACCCAGCUGUGCUGACGAAGGUAAACACAGCCAGCAGCUCCGCCUCCCUCGCUAGUGACACCAGCACAGCCACACAGUUCGCUGUGGGGGACCUGGUUCAGAUCUGUAACGAUGUCGAGAGAAUCAAGGUGCUCCAGCGAGGCCAUGGAGAAUGGGCUGAAGCCAUGCUGCCGACGCUAGGGAAGAUCGGGGCGGUCCAGCAGAUCUACCACGACAAUGAUCUGAAAGUGGAGGUGUGUGGGACGUCGUGGACGUACAACCCCUCGGCUGUCACGAAGGUGGCGUCUGCUGAUGGGGCUGCCAUUGGCUGCUCGUCUGGAGAGCGUCUGAGUGCCCUGCUGAAGAAGUUGUUUGAGACUCACGUCUCUGGUGACGUCAAUGAGGAGUUGGUGAAGGCUGCUGCCAACGGUGAUGGGUCCAAGGUUGAUGAGAUAUUACAACGACCUGAAGGGGAGGUCAGCCUGAAUGGUCAGAAGGUGAACGGCGUGUUUGCAGGACACACGGCACUGCAGGCAGCGUCACAGAACGGCCACAUCGAGGUCAUUAAAGUGCUCAUCAAACACACUGUUGACAUGGAAGUGGAGGACAAAGAUGGCGAUCGAGCUGUUCAUCAUGCUGCUUUCGGUGACGAGCCGUCUGUGAUAGAAAUGCUGCACAGAGGAGGGGCAGAUCUGAACGCAAGAAACAAGCGACGACAAACACCGCUGCAUAUUGGGGUCAACAAGGGUCACAUCGGGGUGGUGCGGGCGCUCCUCGACCUUGGAUGUCAUCCGAGUCUGCAGGAUUCUGAAGGGGACACAGCAUUACAUGACGCCAUCAGCAAGAAGAGAGACGACAUGAUCUCCCUGUUGCUGGAGCAUGCCGCAGACAUCACCAUCGCCAACAACAACGGCUUCAACGCUCUCCAUCAUGCUGCACUGCGAGGGAACCCCAGUGCGAUGCGGAUCCUGCUGUCGAAGUUGCCGCGGCCAUGGAUUGUUGAUGAAAAGAAAGAUGACGGCUAUACCGCUCUCCACCUGGCCGCACUCAACAACCACGUGGAAGUGGCCGAACUCCUUGUCCACCAGGGUAAAGCCAACAUGGACAUCCAGAACGUCAACUUGCAGACCCCGCUACAUCUCGCUGUGGAGCGGCAACACACGCAGAUAGUCAGGCUCCUGGUGCGUGAAGGCUGUAACCUGAAUGUGCCCGACAAGGAUGGUGACACGCCACUCCACGAGGCACUCCGCCACCACACUCUGUCCCAGCUCCGCCAACUCCAGGACAUGCAGGAUGUGGGCAAGCUGCUGAUGGGACUCGGGACACCAGGUGCUGACAAGAAGUCCAGCGCCUCCAUCGCCUGCUUCCUGGCCGCCAACGGGGCCGAUCUGAACAUCAAGAACAAGAAGGGCCAGACCCCGCUUGACCUGUGUCCAGAUCCCAAUCUGUGCAAGGCACUGGCCAAGUGUCACAAAGAGAGGAAUAGCCUGACAUAUCUGCUGACCAGCCCGACAGUCCCAGCAUCCAAUGCUGCUGUCAUCCGCAACGACCAGGAGUCUCUAGAGGAGUGCAUGGUAUGCUCGGACAUGAAGCGGGACACGCUUUUCGGACCCUGCGGACACAUCGCGACCUGCUCUCUCUGCUCUCCUCGGGUUAAGAAAUGCCUUAUGUGUAAAGACCAUGUCCAGUCUCGCACCAAGAUCGAGGAGUGUGUGGUUUGCUCAGACAAGAAGGCUUCCAUCAUGUUCAAGCCGUGUGGCCACAUGUGUGCCUGUGAUGGUUGUGCUGCACUCAUGAAGAAGUGUGUCCAGUGUCGUGCCUCCAUUGAGAAGACAAUCCCAUUCAUCGUGUGCUGUGGAGGAACCCCGCCCCCUGCCCCCCAGGCCCCUGGUGUGAUGAACAACGGCUCCAGGGACGUCUCCCGUGACAUCCAGAAGCUGCAACAGCAACUGCAGGACAUCAAAGAUCAGACAUGCUGUCCUGUAUGCAUGGAUCGGCUCAAAAACAUGAUCUUCCUUUGUGGCCACGGCACGUGUCAGCUGUGUGGUGACCGCAUGAACGAAUGUCCAAUCUGCCGCAAGUCUGUGGAGAAACGCAUCCUGCUCUACUAAGCUUUGACUUAGCCUGUGUGCCAACAUGUCUAGAUAACACAUAACCCAAUAUCAUCCGGUAUAUUCAUGCCUCUAUAUAGCCUGACAUGACACUGCCGUGUGUUACAGCCGUUAUAAAUCUGAGGGAGGUAAUAUGACACGAUCCUGUUUUAUAACCAUUAUGUACUACUUGUAGACAAGAGGCAGGGAAUAUGUCAGUCAUGUGUUAUAACAGUUAUAAACUGCUUGUAAGGGAAGGAAUAUGGUACCAACAUGUGCUAUAACCACUUGUAGUGAAGAGGAAGUAAGAUAUGACACAAUCAUGUUAUACCCAUUUGUAUAACCGUUAUAAAGUAUUUGUAGUGAA